UUCUUCUCCGUGGGGAAGUAAAUACUGCACAGUAUUGCCGGCUGAGCUUUUGCCAAGCUCGCUCGCUCGCUGUUUUUUCUUUCACUGGGAGCGCGGCAGAGAAGCGCGGUGUCUUUGGUCGGGGCAGCGCUGAGGGAGCUGUUUAAGAGUCCAGUCCGCAUUGUCCCCCUUCGGUGGCUGCACUACGUCCUGUACGUCCUCGGAGCAUCGGAAAAAGCUUCUUAAGUUCAAGAGAGUCAGCCUAACAACAGGCGAGGCGGGAGGAGCAGAUUCCUCGGCAGGCGGGAUUCUGCAAAAUCCUGAUGCUGCUCAUUCUGGCACUGUCUUUGGCUCACACCUAUGUUGUGUAUGGGAACAUUUCCUGCUACGAUGACUCUGGGAAGCCUGUCGACUGGUUUAUUGUUUACAAGCUGCCCAAGUCCCGUCACAGCUCCCCAGUAGAAGGCAUGCGGUACAUGUAUCAAGAUGGACGUACCCAGGGCUGGGUGCAAGGCAGGAGCUUGAUGAACAGUACUGAGGGAGCUGUGGGCAGAACACUGAAUCAGCUGUAUCUGGAGGCUGCAAACAGGCAGAGGGAGGAAGAGAUGGCCUAUGUCCUGUACAACGAUGAGCCUCCAAAGGAGAAUUUCUCUGGUUCUAAGGGUCAUACAAAAGGGGUCAUCUUCCUGGACAGAACUCAAGGAUUCUGGCUUGUUCACAGCACACCUCGGUUUCCUUCCAGACUGGAUGAGAAGACGUAUGCAUGGCCCCAUACUGCCCUGACUUAUGGACAGAGCUUUCUAUGUGUCACCUACCCCUAUAGCCAGUUCAAAGCCAUAGGGAAUCAGCUGCUCUUCACGGAGCCCCAUGUCUAUGAUUACCAGGUGCCAGGGGCCUUUGCCCGGGAUCUGCCUGCCUUGUUGAAUGCUUCUGAGGGGCAACAUGUACAGGAGGAGCCAUGGAACUCCUCGGUGACUCUGACAUCAAAAGGGGGCAAGGAAUUUGUCAGCUUUGCAAAAUUCCGUUUCUUUGAUGAUGAUCUGUACUCUGGCUGGUUGGCCCAGGCUCUUGCUACUGAUCUCUAUGUUGAAUUCUGGCUCAAGUCUCAUGGUGUUUUGGCAUCCAACUGCUCUGGACAAUAUAGAGUUUACAAUGUGAAGCAACUGGCAUUCCAGGACCCAGCCACCACCUUCUUUUCCACAUCGGACCAUUCCAAGUGGUGUGUUGGAAUAGAGAGUGAUUCGGAGUGGGCCUGUGUUGGAGACAUGAACCGUAAUCAUGCAGAGGAAUACCGUGGGGGUGGUACCAUCUGUUGCCGUGAUGUCACAAUUUGGAAAAGCUUCCACUCCUUGGUACAGAACUAUACAGAUUGUGAUACCAACAGGAUACGGACUCUAAUUGGCUAAGAUUGUCUAUAUUAUUAAGGGAGCAGAAUUCAAUUAAUUGGGAAAGAGAUUGAUUCGAAGGCAUAAUAAUGUCCCUGCCUAUCUUCUUCACAGUAUAUUAACACCCUACCCAGCAUAAUGCAGGGAGUUGUGCUGUUGCGUUGGUCUCAUUUUUCAGAAAGUUAAUUUCCAGCAAUGGUUUCUUUGCCUUCUGGACUGCUCCCAUCACUAUCUUUUUCCUGUUACAUAAAUUCCAAGGGGCUACAUGAGCUACAUGGAAAAAUACAGAAGGAAAUUCUUUUCCUGUAAUAAAAAUGUAUACAGUG